GAGUCCCGGCACCUCCUUAAAGCCGCGGCUCCGCCCCGCCCGCCGGCGAUUCCGCCCAACCGUCUGGUCCCCGCCGCCUCGGUGGAGUGUCCUAAAGCCACGAGCCCGCUUGGAGCGCGCCGCCCGCACCGUCCUGUGCCGGGGCCCGGGUCCCCGCGUCCUUCGAUCCGCCGUCAUGGCCAGCGAGGAGCUGGCACGCAAGCUGCAGCGCCGGCUGCAGCUCGAGGAGACCGAGGAGGGCGGUCCGCAGCUGGCUCCCCCCGACGCCCCAGCCCCGGAGCCCGGGCUGGAGCCCGUGCCGCCCGCCCGGGCGUCCACGGCCAGCGCCGACGCUGAGCUGAGCGCCCAGCUGAGCCGGAGGCUGGACAUCAACGAGGGCGCCGCGCGGCCCCGCCGCUGCAAGGUCUUCCACCCUUACUCCGAGUUUCCGGAGUUCAGCCGCCGCCUCAUCAAGGACCUGGAGAGCAUGUUCAAACUGUAUGACGCUGGGAGAGAUGGCUUCAUUGACCUGAUGGAGCUGAAGCUGAUGAUGGAGAAGCUGGGGGCCCCUCAGACUCACUUGGGCCUGAAGAGCAUGAUCAAGGAGGUGGAUGAGGACUUUGAUGGCAAGCUCAGCUUCCGGGAGUUCCUACUCAUUUUCCACAAGGCUGCAGCCGGGGAACUACAGGAGGACAGUGGCCUGAUGGCGCUGGCAAAGCUCUCUGAGAUUGACGUUGCCCUGGAGGGCGUCAGAGGUGCCAAGGACUUCUUUGAAGCCAAGGCCCAAGCCCUGUCGUGUGCCAGUAAGUUUGAAGCAGAGUUAAAAGCUGAGCAAGACGAGCGGAAGCGGGAGGAAGAGGAGAGGAGGCUCCGCCAGGCGGCCUUCAAGGAGCUCAAGGCCACCUUCAGUGCGUAGUCCACCAACCUUUCCCUCCGUCCACAGCUGUGCCUCAAAGAUGCCCUGGUAGUCAUGGCUGGGCGUCUUCUCCCUCCCCACCAGCCCGCUCCCUGAGCCAGCAGCCACACUCACCUCCCAGUGCCACCCCUCAUUCCCCCUGGUGUCCCCUGGUCUGGGGUGGGCCAGGUGCCUGCCUGCCUCCCUUUCCUGCCUCUGCUCCUUUGCCCUUC